GAGGUAUUAUUACUACAGUGAGCUGACCUGCCAGAGGAUCAUUAAGGUCAAAGGCUAUAUGUUAUGAUGUUUGCCUUUUAAAAAGUAAAUGCUACUCUGCAUUUCAUAGUUUGCAACUUUCAGCUGGAAGUGACAGCAUGGAUUCUUGGUAUCUGCCUUCGUUUCUGUUCGUUGCUGCCCUCCUCCUGGUUUCUGGCUUGCCAGCUCCAGAAAACUUCGACGUAGAUGGUGGACUUGACCGGGAUAUAUUUGAUAUCAAUGAAGAUUUGGGACUGGAUCUUUUUGAGGGAGACAUCAGUCUUGAUGGGGUACAAGAAAGAAAUUCCAUCGUUGGAGAAGGAUAUAGGUGGCCUCAUACUAUUCCAUAUGUUCUAGACGAUAGCUUGGAAAUGAAUGCCAGAGGAGUUAUCCUGGAGGCAUUUGAACGCUAUCGCCUGAAAACAUGCAUUGACUUCAAGCCUUGGUCUGGAGAAGCCAACUAUAUAUCGGUGUUCAAGGGCAGUGGCUGCUGGUCUUCAGUGGGAAAUCAGCACGUUGGGAAGCAAAAUCUCUCCAUUGGACAUAACUGUGACAGAACAGCAACCGUUCAACAUGAAUUUCUCCAUGCACUGGGAUUCUUUCAUGAGCAGUCGCGAUCUGACCGAGAUGACUAUGUCAGCAUAAUAUGGGACAGAAUUACUCCAGGCAAAGAGAACAAUUUUAAAGCCUAUACUGACGAAGAAACGGAUUCCCUGAAUGUUCCCUAUGAUUACAACUCAGUAAUGCACUACAGUAAAACUGCAUUCCAGAUUGGAUCAGAACCAACAAUUGUGACAAGAAUCUCAGACUUCAUGGAUGUGAUCGGCCAGCGAUUGGAUUUCAGUGACCAUGAUCUCUUAAAGUUGAAUCGACUCUAUAACUGCUCCUCUUCCUUGAGCUUUAUGGACUCGUGCGAUUUUGAACUGGAAAACGUGUGUGGUAUGAUUCAAAGUUCAGAAGAUAGUGCUGACUGGCAGCGGGUCUCCCAGGUUCCCGAGGGGCCAGAGAGCGAUCACUCCAACAUGGGCCAGUGCAAAGGUUCUGGCUUCUUCAUGCAUUUCAGCAGCAGCUCUGUAAAUGUCGGGGACACAGCAGUGCUGGAAAGUAGAAAACUCUACCCCAAACGAGGUUUUCAGUGCCUGCAGUUCUUUUUAUAUAACAGUGGACAUGAAAAUGACCAGCUGGACAUCUAUAUCCGGGAGUAUUCUGGAGACAAUGUGAACGGUAUUCUAAUCCUUGUGGAAGAAAUAAAAGAUAUACCCCUUGGGAGCUGGCAGCUUUACCACGUUACAUUGAAGGUGACCAACAAAUUUAGAGUAGUGUUUAGAGGGGUCAGAGGUGCUGGUGACUCACUGGGUGGCCUGUCUAUCGAUGACAUCAAUCUUUCAGAAACACAGUGCCCUCAUCAUACCUGGCACAUAAGGAAUUUCACACAGUACCUUAGCGACCCCAAUGGAGCUCUGUUUAGCCCUCCAUUUUAUUCGUCUAAAGGUUAUGCCUUUCAGAUUUACAUGACCCUAACCAAUUUGACUAAGAUAGGAAUUUAUUUCCACUUGAUCUCUGGAGCCAAUGAUGAUCAGUUACAGUGGCCGUGUCCUUGGCAACAAGCCACGAUGACAAUCUUGGAUCAGAAUCCUGACAUUCGACAGCGUAUGUCCAACGGGCGGAGUAUAACCACAGACCCCUCUUUGACCUCGGAUGACGGAACCUAUUUUUGGGACAGGCCUUCCAAAGUGGGAACAGAAGCUUUUUUCCCAAAUGGAACUCAAUUUAAAAGAAGUAGAGGCUAUGGAUCCAGUUCCUUUAUAACCUAUGAGAGGCUGAAGAGCAGGGAUUUUAUCAAAGGAAAUGAUGUUUACAUCCUACUGACAGUGGAAGACAUAUCCCACCUUAAUUCUACACAAGACGAACCAGUCCCAACCUCAAGUGUCAGUGACCUUUGCGCAUUCUUCAGGUGUGAGAAUGAUGGCAUCUGCCUUGUCCGAAAUGGCAACGCCGAGUGCAGGUGUCCCUCAGGGGAAGACUGGUGGUACAUGGGGAAAAGGUGUGAAAAGAGAGGCUCCAGGAGAGACACCAUUGUCAUCGCCACUUCUUCCACUGCUGCCGUGUUCGCCCUGAUGCUGGUCAUCACCCUUGUCAGUGUCUACUGUACCCGGAAGAAGUAUCGUAAAGAGCCAGGUUCACAUACAGCAAAUACGACUCUGGAAAAUCAAUAUGCACUGUGAAGAGGAACUCAGCAAUGUGGCUGGCAAAUGAGAGCUGCUUCAUCAUGGUUUCACCUACAAUGCAUUACAACUGCGUCAUUCUUCUAUAAAUGGAUCUUCUCCGUAAAUAGCUGGGUAUACCAUAAAUCAUUAUUUCGAUAAAAAUCGAAUUGGUGAAAUGUCACUUGUGUUUUUGUUUUUAAUGGAGGGGAAGUAGGAAAAUUAAAAAUAAAAAUUCAUAAUGGAGAGGAAGCGAUUCAGGUUCCUCUGGAGGCGCAAUAUUAAGAUGGAAAGCAUCUCCAAAUUACCGCGCUGUCUCUUUGGGGGCCAAGUGUAGUGGUCUCACAGGUGAUCAUCUGAAAGUCCACUGGGGAGAUCCCGUUGUGGCUCAGCAGGUUACGAACCUGACUAGCAUCCACAAGGACGUAGGUUCAAUCCCUGGCCUCUCUCAGAAAGUUAAGGAUCUGGCAUUGCCAUGAGCUGCCGUGUAGGUCACAGAUACGGCUCAAAUCCCGCUUUGCUGUGGCUAUGGCAUAGGCUGGCAGCUGCAGCUCCAAUUCGACCCCUAGCCUGGGAACUGCUGUACGCCACAGGUGAGGCCCCAAAAAAGCAAAUAAAUAAAAUAUAUUAAUUAAUUUAAAAACCCCCAGUGGGGAUGAUCAUCCAUGCAGACUCUCAGCACCUCCCUGCGUCUGGUCCUGAUGUAGGGAAGGCAGAGGACCACUCCUUUACCCCCUGGAGACGUGUGCCUCUCCUUCUUAAACUGCCCACUCUUUCGCAAGUCCAUGGCGUUCAUGAAUGUCUAACUACCAUCCACAAGAAAACUUUACACUCCUAGAACUGUUCUUAAAGGUUGGGGCUUCAGGAGCCUUUAUACACCUCGAAAUUUAAAAAAGGCUCCAAAGAGCUUUUGCUUAUGAACAUUGCAUUUAUCAGUUCUUACCAUAUUAGAACUUCAAACCAAGAAAAUUUUAAAAUUAUGUCUUUAUUAAUCAUUUAGCAUGUUGACAUAUAUACUUUUUAUGAAAAAUAUUUUCCAAAAUAAAAGAAAAUUUAGCAAAAA